GACGAGAAUGACACCAUCUGUUGCCAGGAGCAGAUCAACCGGUCCAUUUACUGGGCCGACGGCUUCGUCUUCGUCUACUCCAUCACGGACUACGAGAGCUACCGCGUCAUUCGCCCGCUGCACCAGCACAUCCGGAAGAUCCACCCCAAUGCCAACAUCCCCUUGCUGCUGAUGGCCAACAAAGGGGACCUGCUCCGGGCCAGGCAGGUGUCCACCAAGGAAGGCCAUCAACUUGCCAACGAGCUGGGCUGCCCGUACUCGGAGGUCUCUGCGCGGGAGAACUUCGAAGGUGUCCACGAGGCCUUCCAGCAGCUGUGCCAGGAACUGAGUCGGAUCAUUGGGAACUGCAACGGGGAGAAGCGGAGGGGCCUCCACCUCAUCCGCCCCAAAUCGCCCAACAUGCAGGAACUGAAAAGGAGGCUCAAGCAAGCCUUGUCUUCCAAAGGCAAAACUGCCACGAUGCUCUGAUGAAUUUUAAAGGGUCCCUUUGGGCCAUAGCGGGCCGGGAAUAGCCAUGGGGGCUUGGUGAGGGUCAGCUUGCCAGCUGUUUUGGAGCGCAUGGGAAAGAACCCCUUUCCAGAAAUGAGACUAGGAUGGCCGGGAAUUCGGGGAGUUACGCCCUUUCACUAGACCGGGGUCUCCAAACCUGGCAACAUGCUGGCUGGGGAAUUCUGGGAAUUGUAGUUCACAAGUCUUAAAGUUGCCAAGUUUGGGGACCCCUGCAUUAGAUGAUCCCCAAGAGGGCCCUAAGGAAAGGGGCACCUUCAUUCUCAGGAUUGGUUUCAGCUUCUUCACCUGCACAAGACAAACAGGUGAAUACCUCUACCGGCCCACUCCAGUGUGGCUUCAGUCAUCGUCUUGGUUCUUUCUCCAUAUGUCAGACAACCAUCUUCUCUAAGGUUUAGGCGCCAAAUAUAUGUUUGUGUAUUAAAUAUAUUAAAUAUAUGUUUGUGUGUUAAAGGGAAAAUAUAACCACACAUACAGUAUAAAUGUGUUAUGAAACUGGUAGCACAAGAGGAGAGAUGGUUGGUGGUCUCUCCAUUGGACAGUCAGCUCCUGCUGUAGAGGAUCUUUCUGCCUUCCUCUUCCACCAUAUCAAGAACCAGCACAACUUUUUAAGGGUAGAAGAGAACCCUAACCCUAGCUCCUUUCCUUCCUUCCUUCCUUCCUUCCUUCCUUCCUUCCU